UGUAGCCCAGCGAUUUGACCCAAUUAUUUCUAUACCGGACGAGGAAAGUAAUUUUCGCUUGAACAAAAGGUUUUUAAAGGUAAACGUUAAUAGCUUACUAUGCCACAUGGUCAUAUCUAUACAAUAUGAAGGGAUUUUAACGAUUAAAAAACUAUGGAAAACUCGGAAACAGAGAACAGGGCUAUCCGAGUUUUGUCGGAUUUAGAUGCAGCAUUUCGUCGCCAUCCAGAUAUUUCAGAGUUUGAUAUUUUGCCCGUCAAAGAACCAGAAUCCAACCGAAGUCCAAUUAUCGUAGCAGAAUUAGCACUGGGAAUGGAGCUGUGGAGUGCUAGGUUGGUGUACAUUUAUUGCUAUGGAAAACUGAUGAAAUGGAGGUCCCAUGCCAGUGGAUGUCACCUCUUGCACAGUACAAGGUCAGUUGAUGCAGCCAGAAACAUUCUUGAGCCCCCAGAGUUGUUAAGACUUAGCAGGGCUGUUAUUCUCAUCAACCCAGAAUGUUACAGUAUCUGGAACAUAAGAAAAGAAUUAUUGCAGGAGAAACAUGUUUCUGUCUAUGAAGAACUAAAACUGAGUGCACUUGUACUAAGCAAACACCCUAAAAGUCCUGAGACAUUUGCACACAGAAAAUGGAUACUAAGUCUUUCCUGUUUUGGUGCUGACAUUGUUGAUAAUAGUCAAAUUGAACCAAAUCAGUCUGGAAAUCCGUCUUUACGUGUUAGCCACAUCAUACCUAGGGUUAUGAAAUUAUCCACAGAGGAGCUGAAAGCUUUGAUUAAUGAAGAGAUGAGGGUGUGUACCAUGGCAGCUGAAAAAUAUGCAAAUAACUAUAAUGCAUGGAGUCACAGAAUAUGGGUCAUAAUCAACCUCUUUAACUGUAACAAGCAAUUCAUAAUGGCUGAAUAUGAAAACACCAGAAGUUAUGUCUCUAUGCAUGUAUCAGAUCACAGUGGAUUCCACUAUAGACAGUUUCUAUUGAGUAACGCAGAACAGACAUCCAGCAUUUUGCAACAAGAACUAGAUUUUAUAUCAGAAUUGAUAUCUGUCUACCCUGGCCAUGAAGCCCUAUGGUACCAUAGGAGAUUUAUCAUCCAUGCAAUGUAUAAUUUACAGAACAUAAGCAAAUCCGAUGCAGUUAUUGACACUUCCAGUUCAACUGAAGGAGAAGACUUACUCAUACCAUAUGAUUAUCAAACAGUGAAUGUGAUGGAUCACUGUUUGGUACCACAGUCAUCAAAAUGUGCAAAAAAAUUGAAGAUUGAUGAUUCUGGUAUUCUCAAAAGUGAGAUUACAAAAAUUGAACUGAUAAUAGAUAGCGAGCCAGAUAACUCAUGGCAGCAACAGUUGGCAAAAGCUUAUAUGAAAUGGAUAAAACAGUAUCAGAGCAGAACUUGAAGAAAUGUUUUGAUUAAUAUUGAAGUGAUUUAAAUAACAUUUUCUUCCAGUCUUAGUGUAAUCAAUAAAAUUGACUUGAUUUUGAGUAAUACUAUAUUUUGUACUUUAAAGAUAGAUAUUAGUCAACGAAAAAUCUUACUAGGAACAAAGAUUUUUUUUAACACACAUUUUUUCCUAAAACCACUUAUUGUUGAACUUUAUUUAGGACAAAUAGUACUUUUUGGUCAUUUUGAACAGAUGUGUGUCAUGAAUUACUGCUUCCAAAAUAAUUUAUCAUUUGGCAAAUCUCACCAUUUCUCAACUAUUUUUACCCCAUUUGGAAUUGUGCACAAUCCAGAAGUGGGUGUUCACAGUGAUGGUGGACUUUGAAAAAGAAACGUUGGUGAAGGACUUUUAAAUUUUCCUAGAGUUAUGGCAAAUGUCAAGUCCCAAGGAUGAAAGGUUAGUUGGAGAAAAUUACUGUUUACCCAGGAAGAUUAUUUGAAGUAUGGUCCCCCCCCCUCCCCCAAGGAAAAAUAUCAUGAUAGGCACCUUUAAGAAUAUAUAAAUGUACCUUUUGUCUUUUUAAUUUCAGUGAAGAAAAAUCAGAUUCUUAAACUGAUUGUGCAACUUUUUGAGAAUUUUAC